AUGUCUUCACCUCAAGACGACUCUGAAUUUUCGCCCCAUGAGUCCCGCAUCAUCGGCGCGUUGCUGGGUGUCCAUGCCGGCGACUCGCUUGGCGCAACGCUUGAGUUCAAAACUCAUACGGAUAUCGCCCGGGAAUACCCUCUCGGUCUUCGUGACAUCGUUGGCGGAGGCCCAUUUCGGUGGUCGCAAGGUCAUGCAACAGAUGACACUGAUAUGACUCGCGGCGUCCUCCUUGCAUAUCAUGACUAUAUAGACGGCGACGACAUCGCGCAGCUCGCUGGCGACUACUUCAUCAGUUGGCUUCACGGCGACUGGCCAGACAGGCGCCCGGGAAGUCGGCCUGAGGAUAUUGGAGGGGCCACUGCUACUGGGCUCAGACGUUAUAAGCAGACGCAAGAUCCUGACCGCGCCGGAGCUGGCCAAGGUAGUGCAGGGAAUGGAAGCUUGAUGCGCUGUAUCCCGACUGGCUUGUUCCAACGCGAUCCCCAGAAGUUGAUUGAGGAAAGCAUUCGUAUCAGCAAGAUCACCCACGACGAUAAGAGAUGCACGGUCGCGUGCGCGGCUUACAACACGAUUGUUUCCAAGCUCAUCGACCAAGUCGCUCCCCAAGACGCCAUUGAGGCAGGUCUCAAUGUCGCCGAAACUCUUGAAGGAGGCUCUGGCCCAGUAUACGAAGCGAUUGAACUCGGCAAAUCUCUCAACAUAGCAACAAUGGCUAGCAAGGGACCAGCACCCGAGCUUGGGGGGAGAUGCAGUGGAUACGUCCUCGAGUCACUCAGUCUCGCAAUAGCUGCCGUUCUUGACACUCGCAGCUUGGAGGACGUUGUCGUGGAUGUUGUUCGAAUUGGCUGGGAUACAGACACAAACGCAGCGAUCGCAGGAGGAAUAUUGGGAGCUAGAGAUGGAGCAUCAGCUAUCCCUCCCCAAUGGAAAUCAGUCUUGCAAUUUGGGCGUGAGUUUGAAAAUACGGCUUUGAGUAUUUUCGAGAAGACUGCAGCCUAG